AUGCGCUUCCCCACGCCUUCGCUAUCGGGCUUCGAUGCCAUCCUCAACCAGCCACAAGAAACAACUUGGGAUCGUCUGUUUUCAUCGCCCCUCACGACCAUCGCGAGGAUACUCUACAAUUUCUUCCCUGUAUCUUUCCCCAUACCUCCGUACACCAACAACAGCGACGAAGCUGUGACGGUGGUCUGCGUCUCCGACACGCAUAACACCCAACCACACUUACCACCCGGCGAUAUCCUAGUUCACGCAGGCGACCUCACGGCGUCGGGUACUAGGGUAGAGUUGCAGGAGACAUUGAAUUGGCUGAACAGACAGCCCCAUCGGCACAAGGUCGUGAUAGCAGGGAACCACGACCUCUGCCUCGACGGCAACCUCCAGGACACCCGAGAAGAUGGUGACGAGGAGCCGGACUGGGGGGAUGUAAUCUACCUAGACCGCACCUCCGUCACGCUCAAAAUCCCAAUAUCGUCCCUCGACAAGCCCCGUACCAGAGAAAUCCGCGUCUACGGCAGCCCAUGCACACCCCAACACGGCAACUGGGCGUUCCAAUACCCACGUUCAUCACCCUCAGAUCCCUGGGCUGGCUCUGUCCCCGAAGGAACGGAUAUCUUGGUGACGCAUGCCCCGCCAAAGGGACAUAUGGAUGAUCCGCGGGGCCACUGGGGCUGUGAGCUUUUGCUAAAGGAAGUGUGGCGCGUGAGGCCAAGGUUGCAUGUCUUCGGGCACGUUCAUUGCGGACACGGGGUCGAGGUGGUACCGUUUGAUGAGUUGCAGAGCGCGUAUGAAGAUGUGGUAUUUGAAGAGGCGAAAGCUGUUGCUGCUGGUGGGAGUGGAGGGCUGAAGGCGUUGGCGCGGGUUGUGAAGGCUUGGGUUGGCGUUUGGUGGAGGGGCGGGAGGAGGGGGAAGGGGCAGACGAUACUUGUUAAUGCUGCUAGUAUUGGGGGCAUCAGGGAUCGGUUAAUUAGGGAGGCUGUUGUUGUUAGGAUAUAG